GUCACCCCAACAUGGCGGCCUACUUGAGCCGGCUGCACCACAUUUCGCUCCACGUCUCAAACGUGGAUAAAGCUGCUCACGAGCUGGUGUCCCGGUUCCAGUUUAACGUGUUCGCGGCGCGACUGACAGACCGAGCGAAGCAGCUCGCGCUCCGCAGAGGCUCGGCCGUGUUCCUGGUCAAUGAGAGGCCGAGCGAGGCGCCGCGGAGGCUGAAGGAACCUCAGGGGUUGAGCUGUCUGUACGCAGCCCACGCGCACUAUCCGGUGGACACCGUGAGUAACGUGUGUUUCGAGGUGGAGGACGUGCAGAGGGCGUCCGCUGCGCUGCGGGAGCGGGGUCUGUGUGAGUUUCUGCAGCCGCCAGCCGAGGUCUCCGAUGACAGCGGCCGGGUCACCUUCUCCAUCAUCCGCUCGCCGGUGGGUAACGUGUGCCACACGCUCAUAGACCGCUCCCGGUACCAGGGGCCCUUCCUGCCGGGCUUCCAUCAGGUCCGGACGGACUCCGAGACCGCGGGCCGCUCGCAGUGUCCCAUCACGCACUUCGACCACAUCACCUACGCCUGUCCCCGCAGCAGCACCGCGCUCAUCGCCCGCUGGUACCGCGACUGCUUCGGCUUCCGGAGGUUCUUCAUUGACAGGAAUGAGGAUGUGGAUGAGGGAUACGUGCUAAACCACAACGGGAUCGGCCUGCGACUGACCGCUAUGGAAUACUGGAAAUGCAGCGAGUCGGGAAUCACACUGCCGUUCAAAGAUGAACAAGAGCCGGACUGCAAGUUUGUGAUCGCAGAGUCUCUUCCACAGCAGGGCAGGAACCAGGUGGACACGUUUCUGGACCAGCACAGAGGCGCAGGAAUCCAGCACAUUGGGCUCUACACCGAGGACAUCGUGAGAACGGCUCGGACUCUGAGUCUGUCUGGAGUGCAGUUCUUCUCUCCUCCGCCUGCGUACUACACUGAGGUGGGAAAGCAGGACGAGAUCGUGGCGGCGGGUCACGACCCUCACGCUCUGAGUCGGUACGGGAUUCUGCUGGACACUGACCUCCACACGGACACAGACAGCCAGCGGUAUCUGCUCCAGGUGUUCACCAAGCCCAUCUUCGGAGAGGACACCUUCUUCCUGGAGCUGAUCGAGCGCAGAGGCGCCACAGGCUUCGGCGAGGGGAACAUCCGUGCGCUCUGGAGAUCCGUGCAGGCCUACAUGGAGAACGCAGAGCGUCACGAGACGGAGCGCGAAAACAAGCAGAGCACACCGAGCUGACAUCACUGACAGAGACUGUGAUAUACAUAUAAACGCAUGAGGACGACUCCGCUUUAGAUUCAGGGACUGCAGUGCGAUUGGGAACUGGUUUGAGUCGGUCCUCAGUUCAGGAUUAGAUGUUGGACUGUAAGAGUCUUCAGGGCACUUCUUAUGCACAAUGUGUAUUUAUUCGGUGAUGUCUAAACCUGUACUGUAAUACAUUGUACUGUAUUUCCACUCGAAAACAUUUCAUUUUGACAAUAUAGCGGUACUGUUGACCUGUGUGUUUCUGUCAGAUAAAUCAACAUUAUGAUGCCUGGUCUGUUCUUUUUAUCUCCUCACAUGUGAUCAUGUUCAAUUGCCUUUAGGACCAGUUUGAGGUGUUUGAAACCCACAUACAAAACCACUGCUUGAGAAAAUCUAGAGACGCUCGUGACAACUAGCCCCGCUCUGACGGUGUGACAGCAGACACACAAUGCUUGAGUUCACUUCACAUUUACACACGUGUCUGUCAUGCUGCAUUAGUCUCUCUUCUGCAGUUGGCUCUGAUCUUCAGCUGCAGCAGUUUCCAGAUGUUCCUGUAGAUGGAGUCAGAUCUCAGCAGCUCAGAUCAGUUCCCGGUCCUUCAGGGAUGGGUUUUUCCACAGCAAACCCAAACCCAGAAACACCAGAGUCUACAGAAUACCCUUAAAGCGUGUGGACCUUUCCAAAAACUCAACUCAGCCGGCUCCAUCAUCAGCCCUAGACCCUGCAGACAACAGUGCCACCUGCAUAAUGAGCAGCAUUCCCCCUUUUCUUCAACAUGUGUGUGUGUUUAGUUCUGUUCAGGUCUUUCUGCGGGCCGUUAGAGAGGAUCUAUCAAUAAGGAAGACUAUUUAGACACCAGCUUCUGAGUAUUCUGUGCAUAAAGCUGUGAUCAGGACUGGACAU